GUUUAACACCGAAAAGACGCCUAAAUGACUUGUUAAAAUGUUCUUUGUAUUCUUGGACUUUGAGCCGAACAUGGUUUACUUUGUGCUCUUGGACACGACUCUAGACAAAAGCAUGAUGAGCCCGGGAUCAGACGGGAAACACCACUUCUGAAUCUGCAUUAUGGAAACAUAUCAAUCAAGAGACCAUGUGGAGGUCUUCCUGGAGGAGUUCAGGGAGCAGAUCCUUGCUGGGCUGAGAUCACCAGCAGCCAUCAUAGACGCCUGGAUCUCACUGCAGUCAACAACCGUCCCUGAAGGUCUGACACCACAGGAACAAGUCAGGGAGCUGUUCGAUGCUGUGGAAGAAGGAACAUCACAAUCCAAAGUUUGCUUCUACCAGAUACUUUCACAAGAGGAAUCUGAGCUAAUAGCUGAUUUAGAGCAAAGACAACAGAACAGCAGGACAACCCAGACAGAACAGAAGUGGACAAUGGAGAUCACCAAGCCUUUAGAGGACAAACAAACACAAGUUGAAAUAAAAGCCAGAAGGGGGACAAUUAGAAGACAAAGAGAAUUGACAUGUCAAGUAAUUGAGGAUAUUGAACAACUUUUGGAAGAAACACAAAGAGAGAGACAGGAAAUAGAUUACCUGAAGACAAAAACAGAGCAGCAACAGGAGGACAAUGGCCGGCUGACAGCUGAAAAGUAUGACCAGGACUUAAUAAUAAAAAGACUGAGAUUACAGAUAGAAAAUGUUAUUGAGAAACUGGAGGAGAGUAAAAAUGAAGCCACUCAAGAAAAAAUGCAACUACAGAAAAUGCAGAAUGAAAUAUAUCAAGAGAGGGAAACUCUGGAAAAAAGAAGGAAGGAGCUCAUCAAUGAGCGGCACAAGUUGGAAAUGAUCAAGUAUGAUAAGACAAAAGAACCCACAGAACCCACAGAGCAGAUAAAGAGAGAGCAGGAGAGGCUGAUGGCAGACAGUCUGCUGAGUCUGAUUAACAAAAAUAAGAAACUAAUGCUCGAAGCAAAGCAGGCAAAAGAACAAAUGGAGAAAAACAUGGAAAACGUAAAACAAGAGUUAAAGAGAAAUAAAAAGCAUAUUUCACAACAUAGAGAACAAAUUGAGCACAUCAAACAUCAAAUUGAUGAAAAUAUCAACAAAAUGAAGCCAAUGUGGAAGAAAAUUCAAAGACCCAUUGAAAUGCAAAAAGGCACAGAGACAGAAAGCAGAGAAAGACAGAAAGAAGAAAAAAACACUUUUGACACCGUGAAGAUUAAACUCUGCAGAAUCCAGGAAGAAAUGGAAUAUCUUUGGGAUGUGAUGGAAGAUAGUCAACAACAACAGGAAGUAAAAGAGAUGCAGGAGCUAAAGACCCCAAGCAGUCAAAUGAAAGAUGUCACAUCUGACUCCAAAAAGCAAAGAGAAGACACAGAUGGGAGCAUGAAGGCAGCAGAAUCAGAGAUAAAGGGUGAUAUGCAGAGGCAAAGACAAGACAUAAAGAACAAGUUGGCCCAAUUGCAAUCUGAAAGAGAUGAGAUACAAAAAAUCAAGGCUGAAAUACAGACGGAGAGAGAAAACAUUGAGAGAGACAGGCACUUAGCUAAAGCAGAAAUGAAUGAAAUGAAGUGUGUGAGGGAGAACAUUGAAAGGGAAAAACAGGAACUGGACGACAAGUUACAGAGAACAAAGAAAGAGAUAAGAGAGAUGGAAGUGAUGAACUCCGAGAUUGAAAUUAAGAAAAAGGACCUGAUGAAACUGAUAAGAAUGAGCAGGAGAAAGAAGGAAGAGAUCGGCAAGAUGACAGAAGAGAGUGAACAUGGUAAAGACGACACAGACGUGGAGGACAGAUUUGAUGGGCAGAAGAUAAGACUUCAACAAGGUGACAGAACCAGAGAUAUGACACAACAUGAAGAAAAGCAGUUUGAGGAAGGCAACAUGGAGACAAGCAUUGAGAAUGAGGUGAACACUGGCAUGAGGAGAGUGAUUCUUGACAUCGAAGAGAUCAGAAAGAUGCUGCGCAGGGUGAGAGAAGACACGGAGCAAAGCCGGAGGGACUGCACAGAAGAAAAGAGCCAAAUCCAAUGGACGAAUUUUCAAAUGAGAAAAAAGAGACGAGAGCUUGACCACCAGCUGGAGAAGACCUUAAACGAGAAGGACGAGUUAGAAAUCAUGAAGGUGAAGAUACAACAACAGAGGAAGCAGAUUGAACAAAAACUGGAAGAUACAAUUACUACAAUUCUGACUGUGGGUGAGAUAAAAGCUAGCAUAGAAAAAGCUGCUGCAGAGAUGAACAACACCAGGGAGGAGAUGGUCAAAGCCCAGAAGAAGAUGGAGAAAGACAAGGAAGAGGUCAAAAAAAUCAUGGAUAAGGUGACUUCCAUGAAAGCUCAGGUCAGCAAAUGGACACUGACAGAAUCUGCAAUCAAAAGGACUGUUUCAGGGCAUUCUUCUGAACUUCAAGAGCCACGGGAAGAAGAGCACACAGAUCAGACAUUUGAACAGACACAAGAACUGAGUUUUUUUGCAGUGGACGUGAAGGAAGAGCAGAAUGUUUUCUUAAAGAUGCAGACAGAAAUUUGUGAGGAAACGUUAAUAGAUGAUGAUCAAACAGAAUUAGUGACACGUGUAAGAGAAAUGGAAGAAGUGGAGAAGCAGAUUUCCGAACUCAGGGAGAGAGAGGAGGAAAUAAGGGAGCAAAUAAUGCAUAAUAAAGAGAACAUGGAAGAUAAAAGUCAAGAGAUUAAAAGGAUCAUUAUGGAAAUAAAUGAGCUGCAGAGCCAAAGACCAGAUUAUGAAAAUGGGUUACAAAUUACAGUAAGGGAAAGCACUGAUGUGUUCAAACAUGAGAUAGUUAAAUAUGAAGUUAAACUGCAAAAAUAUAAGAGUGACAAUAAGGUGGAACAAGAAGUUAUUGAUGAUGUUCAGAAGCAAAAGCAAAGUCAGGGGGCAAGAGAAAAAAUGCAGACACAAAGUGAGGAGAUAGAUGCAGGCUCUGCUAAAAAGGACAUAGGAAGGGCUGACAUACAACAAAUUAGGGCAGAGAUUUAUAAAACACAAGAAAUCAUGAGACUAGUAAAACUAGAACUUGAAAACCAAGCUGAAAAAAGUGAUAUUGACAAAGAACAGAAGGAAGACGACAGUGAAGUGGAAGGAUUGCUUCAAGACAUGAAACGAUUCCGAGAGCUUUUGAAAGUUGUACAGACAACAAUGAGGCAAAAAGAAAUGCAUCUGAAAGAAGAAAUGAGCAACAUGAAAACUGCCUCUAAAAAACAAAAAAGACACCUGGAUCAGAGGUUAGAGAAAACUUUGAGAGAGAGAGAUGAAUUUGAUAUUUUAAAGAUAAAAAUGCAGAGGCAAAUUGAAGCGACUGAACAGAAGUUGGUGAAAAUGGCACAAGUUAAGAGCACUGUAGAGAAACUUGCUGCAAAGACUAGACAGAAAAGUGAAGACAUAGAGAUUAUUAUGAAGAAGACUGAAGUCAAACUGAGACAGUUGGAAGAUCUGAACGACAAGAUUGAGGCUACAAAACAAGAAUUAGAAAACACCUAUGCCCCAAUGUCUAAGAAAAGAGCUGAGCUUGAAAAACUCAAGACUGCAAUCAGGCAGAAAAGGAAUAGCGAAUCUGCCUUAAAAAGUGCUGAAAGGGAAGACAUGAAGACACAUGACAGUGGUGAAAUGGGCAAAGAAUUAGAAGAACUGGAAAAUGAAAUCUUUCGACUCAGAUCAGAAAGGGACAACCUGGAGAGGGAUAUAAAACUAAUAAUGGACAGUUUGGAUCAGAAAAACAAUGAAAUCAAACAACUGAAAGAGGCUGUGAGUGAGCAAGGGAAACAAAAUACUGAGAGACAAGAGAUUGAGAUGCUGAAACAGCAGCUUGAAGUAGAGAGGCAGAAUGCUAGAAUGGAAAGAAAUCAAGCUGAGGAAGAAAUGCAUGAGAUUAACCGUUUAAGGAAGACUAUCGAAAAACAAAAGCAGGAGCUUGAUGACAAAGUGCAAGUGACCAAAAGAGAAAUAAGAGAAAUGGAGGCACUGAAGUCAGAGCUGGAAAUAAAGAAAAAGGAAAGUGAAAAGAUGUUUAGAAAAGCCAUGCGAAAAAAGGAGAGGGAAAUAAAGUGGAAUGACAUACAAAGAGAACAGGAAAAUUUGAGGAAAGAGACCAACAAGAGAAAAGGAUUAGACCGAAGACCUGAUCAAGCCAUGAGAGAGAAGGAUGAGUCAGAAAUGUUGAGGAUAAAACUGCAAAGGCAGAAAGAGGGGCUGGAGAGGGAGACAAUCAAAGACCAGACUGUUUCUAUCGAAAUAUACAGAGAAAACGAAAAACAAAGACGAGAAGAUCAAGAAGGGAAAAGCAUCAACAAGGAAGUUGAAAUGAUGCACCGUGGCUCAGAAGCCACAGAUUUUAGUGUUGACCUUCAAAACACGAGACAAAGAAUUCAUGAAAAUUUGGAAAUGAUGAGGAGGGAAAUGGAAGUUCUUGAAAAUAUAAAUACUCAUUUACAGAAACAAAGAGAAGGGCUCAAAGCAAUAGAAGCGGAGAACAGGACUGUAAGAGAUAACAUGAUCCGAAUAAAGAUGGGCAUUGAAAAAAUGACAAUGCAAACAAAAGCAGAGAUGGACAACAUGCUCCGCAUAAGGGACGAUAUUCAAACCAAAACACAUGGGCUUAAAAUCAGAUUAGAAGAAGUUAAAAGAGAACGAAGAGAAAUGGAAGUGUUGAAGUCUGAGUUGGAGAGCGAAAGAAAAGAAAAUCACAAGUUGAUCCGAAAAGGCAUUCAAAAAGAGGAGGAAGUUAAAAAGAUGUUGGCUAAGGUCAAAACAGAGAAAGAUGUCCUGAAGAGGGAGAAACAGAAGGGGAAGAAAGAGUUUGAGGAGCGACUGGAAAGGAUCAACAGAGAGAGAGAUGAAUUGGAGAUUCUGAAACUGAAGUUGCAAAGGGAACGGGACUGGAGAGUAGGUGAAAUACAAGAAAAACAAGGUCUAAUGAGAAUGUCAAAUGUGGAAACUGAAAAGGACAUUGCAAAAGAACAGUGGAAGCCAAACACUGGUGAAGAACACAAAGAUCUUGAAAAAAUUCACACAGAGUUUAAACAAGACAGAGAGGAUCUGGACAGAGAAAGUGAGAUGAUGAAAAAAGAGAAACUGGAUUUUGAACUGAUGAGGUCAAACAUCCUGAAACAAAGCAACAAGUUAAAACAGGCAAUAGAAGAUAUGAAAGAGCAGAGAGAGAAAUUAGAAACCACAAAGUCUGAGCUACAAAAGAAGAGAGAACAUGCAGACAGUCAGUUUGAUGCAAUUAAUAGGGAAAAAAAAGACAUGAACGAUCUGACCCUUCAGCUUCAGACAGAAAGAGAAAAGCUUGAGGAUGCCAUGAACAUGAUUAUCUUGAAACAAGAAGAACAAGAACUCAAGGACAACGAGUUCAAAAGACAAACACAAGAACUGGAAACCAGUAAGAACAGUGUACUGGCAGAAAGAGAAGAAUUAGACCUUUUAAGGAAGGAUCUCAACAAGAAGAAAGAAGAGGUUGAAGCUGCCAUGAACACCAUCAGUGAUGAGAAAGAGCAACUCACUAAAAUGAAGGCUGAAUUACUCAGGGAGAGGGAAGGGCUCUCAAAUGACGAUGAAAGAGCAAAAGAACUGUCUGAGCUGAAAAUGAAAACUGAUCAGUUAAAUAUUAAAAUGAAAACCAUGGAAACUCUGACAGAGAAGCUAAAACAUUUAAGUGAAACAACACAAGAAGUUCUAAAAACCAAAAUGGAGAAAUUAGAACAACACGCUGAAGAUGUGCAAAAACUGUGCAUUGCAUCAGAACAAAAGCAAACAGAACUUGUAGAAGAUAAAAACAAGUUAUUUGGUUACAUUAAAGAGUUUAAAAGGAAAAAUCAAGGUUUCAUGAACAUGAUAUCAGACAUGUCCCAAAGCAGAAAUGAAAUGGAAGAUCAAGGGAAGCCAACUCCUGUUCUGGAAACACAAGAUGGUGAAGAACUUAAGACGGAGAUGACCCAAGAGGGAGACAAUCAGAAAAUGAUCUACGACUCUAUUACCAGAGAGAAACUGCACUUGGAACUGAUGAAGUCUGACAUCGUUAGACAAAGGGACAAAUUAAAACAAGCAAUACAAGACAUGAAAGAUGAAAGAGACAAACUGGAGAUUACAAAGUAUGAACUCCAAAAGAAGAAAGAACACACAGAUAAUCAGUUUGAUGAGAUUCAUAGAGACAAAAACAACAUUAAAGAUCUGACUCUUCAGCUUCAGACAGAGAGAGACAAACUCCAAAAUGUCAUGAAUAUGAUUAUCUUAAAACAAGAAGACCAAGAACACAGGGACGAUGAAUUCAAAGGACGUACACAAGAACUGGAAUCCAGUAGUAACAGUGUACUGGCAGAAAUAGAAAAAGCAGAGCUUUUGAGGAAGGAUCCAGAUGAGACCACAGGAAAUGCUGAAACUGCAAGGAACACCAGAAGUGGAGAAAGAGAACAAGCCAAUCAGAUGAAGAGUAGUACUGACAUGGACAGACAAAUGGUGGAGAAUGAAAGUGACAAAAAGGAAGAAGACAAGUCGGAGCUGAAAAUAAGAGAAGAUCAGCUCUUAGAUGAAAUAAAGUCGAUGGGAACUCUGAGAGAAAAGCUUCAACAGCUGAAUGAAAGGAUGAGUGAAGAUAUGAAAAGAAAAAUCAUCAGAAUGGAACAAACCAGUGUAGAAGUACUGAGACUGUUUGGUGUUUUGAAGCAAAACCACGAGGCUCUGGAUAAACAGAAAGAAAAUAUGUCAUGGUACACUGAAACACUAGAGAGAGAAAGAGAUGGGUUGAAGGAUGUGUUGUCAGAAAUUGCCAUUCAGAGACAAAAAGUUUUCCCCAAACAAGAGAGUUUGUCUGAAAAGACACAUCUUAACAAACUGAAGGCAGAGCUGAAGCAAGAGAGAGAUAAUCUGGACAAACAGAGUCAGAUGAUAAAAAAAGAAAAGCUAGACUUGGAGCUGAUGAGAUCUGACAUCCUGAAACAAAGUGAAACAUUAAAACAAGCAAUGCAAGAUAUAGCAAGGCAAAAAGACAAAUUACAAACAACAAAGUCUGAACUACAGGAUAAAAAAGAACAUGCAUACAGUCAGUUUGAUGAGAUUAAUAGAGAGAAAAAUAUAUUGAAAAAUCUGACCCUUCAGCUUCAGACAGAAAGAGACAAACUUACGAAUGGGAUGAAAAUGAUCAUCUUGAAACAAGGAGAACAAGAACUCAAAGAUGAGGAGCUCACAAGACAAACACAGGAACUGGAAACCAGUAAGAACAGUAUACUGGCAGAAAGAGAAGAACUGGAACUGUUGAGGAAGGAUCUCAACAAGAAGAGAGAAGAGGCUGAAGCUGCCAUGAACACCAUCAUUGUAGAAAGAGAACAAGUCAGUCAGAUGAAGAGUAAUACUGACAUGGACAGACAAAUGCUCGAGAAAGAAAAGGACAGACUGGAAGAAGAAAAGUCUGAGCUGAAACUUCAGACAGAAAGAGACAAACUUAAGAAUGCCAUGAACAUGAUUAACUUAAAAAGAGAAGAACAAGACCUCAAAGAUGAGGAGCUCACAAGACAAACACAGGAACUGGAAACCAGUAAGAACAGUAUACUGGCAGAAAGAGAAGAACUGGAACUGUUGAGGAAGGAUCUCAACAAGAAGAAAGAAGAGGCUGAAGCUGCCAUGAACACCGUUAGAGAUGAAGAAAUCAAAGAGCAAACACAAGAACUGGAAAACAACAGAAGCAUGUUACUGGCAGAAAGACAAGAACUGGAACUUCUGAGGAAGGAUCUGAAAAAUAAGAAGGAAGAGGUUGAAGCUGCCGCAAAAUCUAUCAGCAAAGAGAGAGAACAAGUCAGCCGCAUGAGAAGUAGUGCUGACGUGGAAAGACAAAUGCUUAAGAAAGAAAAGGACAGACUGGAAGGGGAAAAGUCUAAUCUGGAAACAAGGGAAGAACAACUUUUGGGUAAUAUCAAAUCAAUGGAAAAACACGAAGAACAAGAACUCAAAGAUGAGGAGCUCACAAGACAAACACAGGAACUGGAAACCAGUAAGAACAGUAUACUGGCAGAAAGAGAAGAACUGGAACUGUUGAGGAAGGAUCUCAACAAGAAGAAAGAAGAGGCUGAAGCUGCCAUGAACACCAUCAUUGUAGAAAGAGAACAAGUCAGUCAGAUGAAGAGUAAUACUGACAUGGACAGACAAAUGCUCGAGAAAGAAAAGGACAGACUGGAAGAAGAAAAGUCUGAGCUGAAAAUAAGAGAAGAUCAGCUCCUCAAUAAAACCAUGUCAAUGGAAACUAGACAAGAACUUGAAAAUCAACUGAAACUAGAGGUGUUGCUGGAAAACAAACAUCUUAUCAAACAGAAGGCAGAGCUGAAGCAAGAGAGAGAAAGUCUGGAUAGAGAGAGUGAGUUGUUGAACAAAGAGAAAGCAGAGUUGGAGCUGAUGAGGUCUGACAUCUUGAAACAAAGUGACACAUUAAAACAAGCUCUACAAGAUGUUAAAGAGGAAAGACACAAAAUAAAUAUCACAACAUCUGAGCUGCAAAAGAAGAAAGAAGAUGCACACAGUCAGAUUGAUGAGAUUACCAGAGAGAAAAGCAACAUUAAAAAUCUGGCCACUCAGUUUCAGUCAGAAAGAGACAAACUUAAGAAUGCCAUGAACAUGAUUAUCUUAAAAAGAGAAGAACAAGACCUCAAAGAUGAGGAGCUCACAAGACAAACACAGGAACUGGAAACCAGUAAGAACAGUAUACUGGCAGAAAGAGAAGAACUGGAACUGUUGAGGAAGGAUCUCAACAAGAAGAAAGAAGAGGCUGAAGCUGCCAUGAACACCAUCAUUGUAGAAAGAGAACAAGUCAGUCAGAUGAAGAGUAAUACUGACAUGGACAGACAAAUGCUCGAGAAAGAAAAGGACAGACUGGAAGAAGAAAAAGAAGAACAAGACCUCAAAGAUGAGGAGCUCACAAGACAAACACAGGAGCUGGAAACCAGUAAGAACAGUAUACUGGCAGAAAGAGAAGAACUGGAACUGUUGAGGAAGGAUCUCAACAAGAAGAAAGAAGAGGCUGAAGCUGCCAUGAACACCAUCAUUGUAGAAAGAGAACAAGUCAGUCAGAUGAAGAGUAAUACUGACAUGGACAGACAAAUGCUCGAGAAAGAAAAGGACAGACUGGAAGAAGAAAAGUCUGAGCUGAAAAUAAGAGAAGAUCAGCUCCUCAAUAAAACCAUGUCAAUGGAAACUGUCAGGAAAAAACUACAACAGCUGAAUGAAAGGAUGAGUGAAAACAAUGAAGAUGCUCUGAUGCUGUGCACCAAAUUGAUCCAAAAACUUGUGGCUCUAGGUGAACAGCAAGAAAACAUCAUUCAUAACACUGAGCUGUUCAAGCAGGAAAAGAAAAACCUGACAAGUGUAGUGUCAGAGAUGAUCAUCCAGGGAAAAGACAGGGAAAAUCAAUGGAAGCAGAAAUUUGAUUUGGAGAAACAAUAUCUUGAAAAUCUUGAGGCAGAGCUGAAGCACAGCAGAGAGAAACUGGACAGAGAGAAUGAGAUGAUGAACAUAGAGAAAACUGGACUUGGAGCUGAUGAAUUUCAGUCAGAAAGAGACAAACUUAAGAACGCCAUGAACAUGAUUAUCUUAAAAAGAGAAGAACAAGACCUCAAAGAUGAGGAGCUCACAAGACAAACACAGGAACUGGAAACCAGUAAGAACAGUAUACUGGCAGAAAGAGAAGAACUGGAACUGUUGAGGAAGGAUCUCAACAAGAAGAAAGAAGAGGCUGAAGCUGCCAUGAACACCGUUAGAGAUGAAGAAAUCAAAGAGCAAACACAAGAACUGGAAAACAACAGAAGCAUGUUACUGGCAGAAAGACAAGAACUGGAACUUCUGAGGAAGGAUCUGAAAAAUAAGAAGGAAGAGGUUGAAGCUGCCGCAAAAUCUAUCAGCAAAGAGAGAGAACAAGUCAGCCGCAUGAGAAGUAGUGCUGACGUGGAAAGACAAAUGCUUAAGAAAGAAAAGGACAGACUGGAAGGGGAAAGGUCUAAUCUGGAAACAAGGGAAGAACAACUUUUGGGUAAUAUCAAAUCAAUGGAAAAACACGAAGAACAAGAACUCAAAGAUGAGGAGCUCACAAGACAAACACAGGAACUGGAAACCAGUAAGAACAGUAUACUGGCAGAAAGAGAAGAACUGGAACUGUUGAGGAAGGAUCUCAACAAGAAGAAAGAAGAGGCUGAAGCUGCCAUGAACAAGAUUGGUGUAGAAAGAGAACAAGUCAAUCAGAUGAAGAGUAAUACUGACAUGGACAGACAAAUGCUCGAGAAAGAAAAGGACAGACUGGAAGAAGAAAAGUCUGAGCUGAAAAUGAGAGAAAAUCAACUCUUGGUUAAAAUCAAAUCAAUGAAAACCUUGAAGGACCAUCUACAACAGCUGAAUGAAAGGAUGAGUGAAGAUGUGAAAAACAGGAUGGUAAGAGUGGAACAAAGCACUGAAGAUGUGCUAAAGCUGUACACGGUAUUAGAAGAAAAACUUGUGGCUCUAGGUGAACAGCAACAUAACUUGGUUCGUAACACUGAGCUGUUAGAGCAGGAAAAGGAAAAUCUGACAAAGCUGAAGCAAGACAGAGAGGAUCUGGAUAGAGAGAGAGAUUUUAGGAACAAAGAGGAAGUGGACUUGGAGCUGAUGAAGGCUGACAUCCUGAAACAAAGUGACACAUUAAAACAAGCCCUACAAGAUGUUAAAGAGGAACGAAACAAAUUAGAAAUCACAAAGUCUGAGCUACAGAUAAAGAACGUACAUACAAACAGUCAGUUUGAUGAGAUUGAAAGAGAGAAAAGCAACAUUAAAGAUCUGACCCUUCAGCUUCAGACAGAAAGAGACAAACUUAAGAAUGCCAUGAACAUGAUUAACUUAAAAAGAGAAGAACAAGACCUCAAAGAUGAGGAGCUCACAAGACAAACACAGGAGCUGGAAACCAGUAAGAACAGUAUACUGGCAGAAAGAGAAGAACUGGAACUGUUGAGGAAGGAUCUCAACAAGAAGAAAGAAGAGGCUGAAGCUGCCAUGAACACCAUCAUUGUAGAAAGAGAACAAGUCAGUCAGAUGAAGAGUAAUACUGACAUGGACAGACAAAUGCUCGAGAAAGAAAAGGACAGACUGGAAGAAGAAAAGUCUGAGCUGAAAAUAAGAGAAGAUCAGCUCCUCAAUAAAAACCAUGUCAAUGGAAACUGUGAACAGCAAGAAAACAUCGUUCAUAACACUGAGCUGUUAAAGCAGGAAAAGAAAAACCUGACAAGUGUAGUGUCAGAGAUGAUCAUCCAGGGAAAAGACAGGGAAAAUCAAUGGAAACAGAAAUUUGAUUUGGAGAAACAAUAUCUUGAAAAUCUUGAGGCAGAGCUGAAGCACAGCAGAGAGAAACUGGACAGAGAGAAUGAGAUGAUGAACAUAGAGAAACUGGACUUGGAGCUGAUGAAGUCUGACAUCCUGAAACAAAGUGACACAUUAAAACAAGCCCUACAAGAUGUGAAGGAGGAAAGAGAUAAAAUGGACAUCACAAAGUCUGAGCUACAAAAGAAGAAGGAACAUUUAGACACUUCAGACAGAAAGAGACAAACUUACGAAUGGGAUGAAAAUGAUCACUUGAAACAAGGAGAACAAGAACUCAAAGAUGAGGAGCUCACAAGACAAACAGAGGAACUGGAAACCAGUAAGAACAGUAUACUGGCAGAAAGAGAAGAACUGGAACUGUUGAGGAAGGAUCUCAACAAGAAGAAAGAAGAGGCUGAAGCUGCCAUGAACACCAUCAUUGUAGAAAGAGAACAAGUCAGUCAGAUGAAGAGUAAUACUGACAUGGACAGACAAAUGCUCGAGAAAGAAAAGGACAGACUGGAAGAAGAAAAGUCUGAGCUGAAAAUGAGAGAAAAUCAACUCUUGGAUAAAAUCAAAUCAAUGAAAACCUUGAAGGACCAUCUACAACAGCUGAAUGAAAGGAUGAGUGAAGAUGUGAAAAACAGGAUGGUAAGAGUGGAACAAAGCACUGAAGAUGUGCUAAAGCUGUACACGGUAUUAGAAGAAAAACUUGUGGCUCUAGGUGAACAGCAACAUAACUUGGUUCGUAACACUGAGCUGUUAGAGCAGGAAAAGGAAAAUCUGACAAGUAUACUGUCAGAGAUGAUCAUCCAGAGGAAAGAAAAGGAAAAUCAAUGGAAGCAGAAGUUUGAGUUGGAAAAACAAUAUCUUGAAAAUCUGAGGGCAGAGCUGAAGCAAGACAGAGAGGAUCUGGAUAGAGAGAGAGAUUUUAGGAACAAAGAGGAAGUGGACUUGGAGCUGAUGAAGGCUGACAUCCUGAAACAAAGUGACACAUUAAAACAAGCCCUACAAGAUGUUAAAGAGGAACGAAACAAAUUAGAAAUCACAAAGUCUGAGCUACAGAUAAAGAACGUACAUACAAACAGUCAGUUUGAUGAGAUUGAAAGAGAGAAAAGCAACAUUAAAGAUCUGACCCUUCAGCUUCAGACAGAAAGAGACAAACUUAAGAAUGCCAUGAACAUGAUUAACUUAAAAAGAGAAGAACAAGACCUCAAAGAUGAGGAGCUCACAAGACAAACACAGGAACUGGAAACCAGUAAGAACAGUAUACUGGCAGAAAGAGAAGAACUGGAACUGUUGAGGAAGGAUCUCAACAAGAAGAAAGAAGAGGCUGAAGCUGCCAUGAACACCAUCAUUGUAGAAAGAGAACAAGUCAGUCAGAUGAAGAGUAAUACUGACAUGGACAGACAAAUGCUCGAGAAAGAAAAGGACAGACUGGAAGAAGAAAAGUCUGAGCUGAAAAUGAGAGAAGAUCAGCUCCUGGAUAAAAUCACUGCAAUGGAAAAUGUUAGGAAAAAUUUUCAACAGUUAAAUGAAAGGAUGAGUGAAGAGAUGAAACACAAAAUCAUGAAACUGGAACAAAACAAUAAAGAAGUACUGAGACUGUUUGGUGUUUUGGAGCAAAAGCAUGAGGCUCUGGAUAAACAGAAAGAAAAUAUUUCAGGUUACACUGAGAUAUUAGAGAGAGUAAGGGAAGGGUUGAGGAGUGUGCUGUCAGAUGUUGCCACUCAUAGACAAGAACUUGAAAAUCGACUGAAACAGGAAGCUUUGUUGGAAAUGACACAUCUUAUCAAACUGAAGGCAGAGCUGAAGCAAGACAGAGAGAAUCUGGACAGAGAGAGUGAGAUCAUGAAUAAAGAAAAAUUGGACUUGGAGCUGAUAAGGUCUGACAUCCUGACACAAAGUGACACAUUAACACAAGCUAUACAAGAUCUAAAAGAGGAAAGAGACACUUUAAAAGUCAAAAUGUCAAAGUUACAAAGGAAGACAGAAGAUGCAGAGAGUCAGUUGGAUGCGAUUAAUACAGAGAAAAUCAACAUUAAAGAUCUGAUCCUUCAGCUUCAGACAGAAAGAGACAAACUUAAGAACGCCAUGAACAUGAUUAACUUGAAACAAGAACAACAGGAACUCAAAGACAAGGAGUUAAAAAGUCAAACACAGGAACUGGAAACCAGUAAGAACAGAGUACGGGCAGAAAGAGAAGAACUGGAACUUUUGAGGAAGGAUCUCAACAAGAAGAAAGAAAAGGUUGACGUAGCCAUCAGUGGUGAAAGAGAGCAACUUACUGAUAUGAAGACUGAUGGUGAGAGGGAAAUGCUUUCAAAUGACGAUGAAAGAGCAAAAGAACUGUCUGAGCUGAACAUGAAAAUGGAUCAGUUAAAUAGUAAAAUGAAAUCCAUGGAAACUCUGAAGACAAAACUCCAUCAUGUCAAUGAAUCAACACAAGAAGUUCUUAAAACCAAAAUGAAAAAGUUAACACAACAAAUGGAAGCUGUACAAAAACUGUGCAUUGUGUUGGAGCAAAAGCAAAAAGAACUCAAUGAAGACAAAAACAAGUUGCCUGGUUACAUUCAAGACUUUAAAAGAGAAAGGCAAGGUCUUUUCACAAUGAAGUCAGCAAUGUUGCAAAACAGAAAUGAAAUGGAGACUCAAGGUAUGAUGAUGGCUGUUUUGGAAACGCAAGAUGCUGAUGAAUAUAAGACAAAGAUGACUCAAGAGAGAGCAGACCAGAAAAGUGUCCAUCACAUUAUGACCAAAGAGAACCUGGAAUUGGAGCUGAUGAGGUUUGACAUGAAGAAGCAAGUUAACCUCUUAGAACGAGACAUACAAGAACUGAAAGAGAGAAAAGAUGUGCUUCAGAUGACAAUGUCUCAGCUACAAGACGAGACAGAACACAUCCACCACUUCCUCGAUGGGAUAAACAGUGAAUCAAAUAACAUUAAAGAGACGGCCCUUCAGGUUCAAUCGGAGAGGGAAAAAGUUCAGAACGUGAUGAAAUUUAUUAUUUUGAAACAAAAAGAACUAUUUCUCAAAUUUGCCGAAAUCAAGGAGCAAGUGCAAAAACUGCAAAAUGACAGGAGCAUGGUACAAGCAGAAAGAGACGAACUGGAGCUCUUGAGGAAGGAUCUCAAGAGGAGGAAAGAAGAGGCUGAAGCUGCCAUGAACACCAUCAGUGUAGAAAAAGAAAACAUGAAUCAGAUGAAAAGCAGUGCUGACAUGGAAAGACAAACAUUUCAGAAUGAAAAGGACGUAUUGGAAAGAGAAAGGUCUGAACUGAAAGUAAGAGAAGAUCAACUCUUGAAUAAAAUGAAAGCAGUGGAAGCUCUGAGAGAAAAACUUCAGCAGCUGAAUGAAAGGAUGAGUGAAGUCAUGACAGAAAAAAUCAUCAGACUAGAACAAAACAACAAAGAUGCACUAAUGCUGUACACUGUGUUGGAACAAAAACUCGCAGCUCUAAAUAUGCAGCAAGAACACAUGCUUCCCAACACCGAGCUCUUGCAGCAAGAAAAGAAAAGGCUGAGAAAUAUACUGUCAAUCAUGGCCAUUCAAAGAGAAGAAAAGGAAAACCAACUGAAGCAGAAGUUUGAAUUGGAACAACGAUCUUUUGAAAAUCUAAAGGCAGAAUGGAGGAGAAACAGAGAGGAUCUGGACAGAGAAAGAGACAUUGUGAAACAAGAGAAAAUGGACUUGAAAUUUAGGAGGUCUGGCAUCGUGAAAGACAGUGACACAUUAAAACAAGCCAUACAAGAUAUGAAAGAGCAACAAAACAAAUUGGAAAUCACAAAGUCUGAGCUUCAGAAGAAGAAUGAAUAUGCAAUCAGUCAGUUUGAUGAGAUUGAAAGAGAGAAAAGCAACAUUAAAGAUCUGACCCUUCAGCUUCAGUCAGAAAGAGACAAACUUAAGAAUGCCAUGAACACGAUUAACUUAAAAAGAGAAGAACAAGACCUCAAAGAUGAGGAGCUCACAAGACAAACACAGGAACUGGAAACCAGAAAGAAUAAUGUAUUGGCUGAAAGACAAGAGCUGGAGCUUUUGAAGAAGGAUCUUGACAAAACAACAGAAGAGGUUGAAGCUGCCAUGAACACCAUCAGGGGAGAAAGAGAACAAAUUAAUCAGAUAAAGAGUGGUACCGACAUGGACAGACAAAUGCUCAAGAAUGAAAAGGACAGAAUAGAAGUAGAAAGAUCUGAGCUGAGGAUAAGAGAAGAUCAACUCUUGGAUAAAAUUACAUCAAUGGAAAUUUUGAGAGAGAAACUUCAAGACCUGAAUGAAAGGAUGAGUGUAAACAUGAAAUACAAAAUAAUGAGACUGGAACAAAACAGUGAAGAAGUGCUGAGACUGUUUAGUGUUUUGGAGCAAAAGUUUGAGGAUCUGGAUAAACAGAAAGAAAAUAUGUCAGGUUACACUGAGAUAUUAGAGAGAGAAAGACAAGAGCUGCAGUAUGUGUUAUCAGAUAUUGUCACUAAAAGAGAAGAAAAUGAAAAUCACCUGAAACAGGAAACUUUGUUGGAAAAGACACAUCUUAUGAAACUGAAGGCAGAGUUGAUGCAAGAGAAAGAGAAUCUGGACAGAGAGGGUGAGAAAAUGAACAAAGAAAAAACAGACUUGGAGCUGAUGAGGUCUGACAUCCUAAAACAAAGUGACACAUUAAAACAAGUGAUGGAGGAUAUAAAACAGGAAAGAGACAAAUUAGAAGUCACUAAGUCUGAGAUACAAAAGAAGACAGAACAUGCAGACAGUCAGUUUGAAGAGAUUGAUAGAGAAAAAAGGAACAUUAAAGAUCUGACUCUUCAGCUUCAGGUGGAAAGAGAUGACCUUUUCUUUCAACAAGAAGAACAGAAACUUAAGGAUGAUGAGUUAAAAAGACAAACACAAGAACUGGAAACUAUCAAGAACAGUAUACUGGCAGAAAGGGACGAACUGAAACUUUUGAGGAAGGAUCUCAACAAGAAGAAAGAAGAGGCUGAAGCUGAGAUGAACACCAUCAUUGUAGAAAGAGAACAAGUCAGUCAGUUAAAGAGUAAUACUGACAUGGACAGACAAAUGCUUGAGAAUGAAAAGAAAAGAAUGGAAGAAGAAAAGUCUGAGCUGAAAAUGAGAGAAGAUCAACUCUUGGAAAAAACAGAAUCAGUGGAAACUCUGAGGGGAAAAAUUCAACAACUGAAUGAAAGGAUGAGUGAAGAAAUGAAACACAAAACCAUCAAACUGGAACAAAGCAAUGAAGAUGUGCUAAAGCUGUACACUGUAUUGGAAAUAAAUCUUGCAGCUCUAGGUGAACAGCAACAUAACUUGGUUCAUAACACUGAGCUGUUAGAGCAGGAAAAGGAAAAUCUGACAAGUAUACUGUCAGAGAUGAUCAUCCAGGGAAAAGACAGGGAAAAUCAAUGGAAGCAGAAAUUUGAAUUGGAAAAACAAUAUCUUGAAAAUUUGAAGGUGGAGCUGAAGCAAGACAGAGAGGAUCUGGAUAAACAGAAUAAGAUGAUGAAGAAGGAGAUUCUGGACUUCGAGCUGAGUAAGUCUAACAUCCUGAAAGAAAGAGAUACAUUAAAACAAGCAAUACAAGACAUGAAAGAGGAACAAAACAAAUUGGAAAUCAUAAAAUCUGAGCUGCAAAAGAAGAAAGAAGAUGCAGACAGUCAGUUCAAUGUGAUUAAUGCAGGCAAAAGCAACCUUAGAGAUCUGACCCUUCAGCUUCAGACAGAAAGAGACAAACUUAAGAAUGCCAUGAACAUGAUUAACUUAAAAAGAGAAGAACAAGACCUCAAAGAUGAGGAGCUCACAAGACAAACACAGGAACUGGAAACCAGUAAGAACAGUAUACUGGCAGAAAGAGAAGAACUGGAACUGUUGAGGAAGGAUCUCAACAAAAGGGAAGAGGAGGUUGAACUUGACAUGAAAACCAUCAGUAGAGAGAGAGAACAAGUCAGUCAGAUGAAGUGUAGUACUGACAUGGACAGACAAAUGCUCCAGAAUGAAAGGAACCAAAUGGAAGCAGAAAGUUCUGAGCUGAAAAAAAGAGAGGAUCAACUUGUGGAUAAAAUCAAGUCAAUGAGAGAAAAACUUCAAAAGCUGAAUGAAAGGAUGUGUGUUGACAUGAAUAGCAAAUUCAUCAGACAGGAACAAAACAAUGAAGAACUACUGAGAAUGUUCAGUGUUUUGGAGCAAAAGCAUGAGGAUCUGGAUAAACAGAAAGAAAAUAUUUCAGGUUACACUGAGAUAUUAGAGAGAGAAAGGGAACGGCUGAGGAGUGUGUUGUCAGAAAUUGUCAUUCAGAGACAAGAAAUUGAGAAUCAACAGAAGCAGGAGGCUAUGAUGGAAAAGACACAUUUUAUUAAAAUGACGGCAGAGCUGGAGCAGGAAAAGGAAGAUCUGGAUAGAGAGAGUGAGAUUAUGUAUAAAGACAAAGUAGACUUGGCCUUGAUGAGGUCUGACAUCCUGAAACAAAGUGACACACUUAAACAAGCUUUGCAAGAUGUAAAAGAGGAAAGAGACAAAUUGGAAAUUGCAAAAUGUGAACUUCAAAUGAAGAAGGAAGAUGCAGACCGUCAGAUUGAUGAGAUCAGUGAAGAGAAAAGCAACAUAAAGGUUUUGGCCCAAAAGCUUAAGUCAGAAAGAGACAAAUUUGAGAAAGCCAUGAACAUGAUUAUCUUCAAAAGAGAGGAACAAGAACUAAAGGACGAGGAGUACAAAAUACAAACACAGGAACUGGAAAACAGCAAGAACAGUUUACUGAUAGAAAGAGAAGAACUGGAACUUUUGAGGAAGGAUCUCAACAAGAGAAAAGAGGAGUUUGAAGCUGCCAUAAACAAAAUCAGUGAAGAAAGAGAACAAGUCAGUCAGAUGAAGAGUAGGACUGACGUCGACAGACAAAUCCUCGAGAAUGAAAAGGGCAGACUAGAAGUAGAGAGGUCUGAGCUUAAAAUAAGGGAAGAUCAACUCUUGAAUAAAAUUACGUCAAUGAAACCUCUAAGAGAAAAACUUCGACUGCUGAAUGAAAAAAUGAGUGUAGACAUAAGCAAAAUCAUCAGAUUGGAACAAAACAAUGAAGAAAUACUGAGACUGUUUGGUGUUUUGGAACAAAGGCUUGAGGCUCUGGAUAAACAGAAAAAAAAUAUGUCAGUUUACACUGAGAUACUAGAGAGAGAAAGAGAAGGGUUGAGGAUUGUGUUGUCAGAAAUUGUCAUUCAGAGACAAGAAAUUGAAAAUGGAUUGAAACAGGAGGCUAUGAUGGAAAAGAAACACCUUAUCAAACUGGAGGCAAAGCUGAAACAGGACAGAGAGAAUCUGGACAAAGAAAAUGAAUCAAUAAACAAAGAGAAAUUAGAAAUGGAGCUGAUGAGAUCUGAUAUCCUGAAACAAAGUCAUGCAUUAAAACAAUUGGUACAAGAUAUGAAGGAGCAAAGAAACAAAUUGGAAAUCACAAAGUCUGAGCUACAAAAGAAGAAAGAAGAUGCAGACAGUCAGUUUGAUGAGAUUAUUAAAGAGAAAAGUAACUUUAAAAAUCUAACCCUUCAGCUUCAGACAGAAAGAGACAAACUUGAGACUGUCAUGAACAUGAUUAUCUUAAAACACAAAGAACAAGAACUCAAGGAUGAGGAGUUCAAAAGACAAACACAGGACCUGGAAACCAGUAAGAACAGUGUACUGGCAGAAAGAGAAGAACUGGAACAUUUGAAGAAGGAUCUCAACAAGAAGAAAGAAGAGGCUGAAGCUGCCAUGAAACAAAGUGACACCCUAAAACAAGCGUUACAAGAUAUGAACGAGGAAAGAGACAAACUGAGAAUCACAACAUCUGAAUUACAAAAGAGGUUAGAAGAUACAGACAGUCAAUUCAAUGAGAUUAACCGAGAAAAAAACAACCUUAAAUAUCUGACCCUUCAGCUUCAGACAGACAGAGAGCAAUUUGAGGAUGCCAUGAACAUGUUUAUCUUAAAACAAGGAGAACAAAAACUCAAGGACGAAGAGUUCAUGAGAGAAACACAAGAACUGGAAACCAGUAAGAACAGUAUACUGGCAGAAAGAGAAGAACUGGAACUGUUGAGGAAGGAUCUCAACAAGAAGAAAGAAGAGGCUGAAGCUGCCAUGAACACCGUUAGAGGUGAAAGAGAACAAGUCACUAAAAUGAAGGCUGAAGUUAACAGGGAGAGGGAACUGAUUUCAAAUGAUGAUGAAAGAGCAAAGGAACUUUCUGAGCUGAACAUUAAAGUGGAUCAACUGAAUAGCAAAAUGAAAUUUAUGGAAACACUUAGAGCAAAACUCAAACGUUUCAAUGAAACAACACAAGAAGUUCUGAAAUCAAAAAUGGAGAAAUUAGUACGACACACUGAAGAUGUGCAAACAUUGUGCAUCGCAUUGGAACAAAAGCAAACAGAACUUGAUGAAGACAAAAACAAGUUACCUGGUUACAUACAAGAGCUCAAAAGAGAAAAACAAGGCCUGAUCACAAUGAUAUCAGAUAUGUUCCAAUCAAAUGAAAUGGAAGAUCAGGGAAAGAUAAAGCCUGUAUUUCAAAGACAAGAGGGUGAAAAACUUGAGACAGAGAUGCCCCGAGACAGAGGAUCAGAAAAGUAUGAAUGA